GUACGAUCUUCACGAACAGGCGAUCGCAGCCAUCGACCAAAUGAAUGGCAAAGUACUUCCCGGAGCCGUCGCCGGGCUUAAUGUCAAGUUCGCCAACGAUAACAACCAAAAGAAUCGGAACUCAAAUAACAACCCGAAGAGCAAUCGGGGCUCAGGAAGUCCUUACGGGGCGUCGAGGGGUUACUCAUACUCUCAUAUGCCAUACGAAGCUUACACUUCUUCGGGA